AUGGUUGCAGCCAUUGGGCAGUUUGGGCCUGGACUUGAGCCCCCUUCUUAUCAUGAAUUGAGGGGGCUUUUUUUAAAUGAUGAAAAGGGUGGAAUUAAAGAAAUCAGGAAGAAAUAUGAAGAAUAUUGGAAGACAUAUGGGUGCACUAUUAUGUGUGAUGGGUGGACUAAUGAAAAUGGAAGACACUUGAUUAAUUUCCUCGUCAACUGUCCACAUGGGACUUAUUUUAUAGGUUCCAUAGAUGCAUCUAAUCAUGUGCAAGAUGCAAAUAUGUUGUUUCAGUUGCUUGAUAGCAAGAUUGAAGAAAUUGGAGCGGACAAUGUUGUACAAAUAGUUACAGACAAUGUAGCCAAUUAUGUAGCAGCUGGUAAAUUGUUGAUGAAGAAGAGAAGUAGAUUGUAUUGGACUCCUUGUGCAGCUCGUUGUUUGGACCUUAUGUUGGAGGACAUAGGUAAUUUGGAAGCAUAUAGGGCUGUGAUAGGGAAGGCAACAAGAAUAACAAGCUUUAUCUACAUGCAUACUUUCCUUCUUGAAGAUAUAAGGAUCAGAACAAAUGGGAAGGACCUAGUGAGGACUGGAGUAACUAGAUUUACCACUUCAUUCCUGACACUCCAAAGCUUGUUAAAGCAUAAUGGUGCCUUGAUGCAAUUAUUUGUGUCUGAUGAUUGGAAUAAUUCUAAGUUGUCUAAGACAGAAGCAGGGAAGAAGGUGGAAGAGAUAGUGCUUGCUAGAACAUUCUGGGAUGAUGUGCGAGAUUGCCUUAGAGCAUCACAUCCAAUUCUUGUUGUCUUCAGGUUAAUUGUUGCUGAUAAGAAGCCUGCCAUGCCUGAAAUUUAUAUGGCAAUGGAAGUGGCAAAAAAGAGGAUAAAACAGAAUUUUGUGAACCGAGAAAGGUCAUGGAAAGAGGUGAUAACAAUUCUUGAUAGGCGUUGGGAGUGUCAGAUGGAGCAAUCAUUACAUGCUGCAGCAUUUUACCUCAAUGCUGGUAAGUAUUUUGAGUACAUUGCUGAUGAGACAGUUUCUUGUGACGAAGUGUGCAAGAUAAAUAAUGCCUUUGUUGAAGUGAUUACAAGACUAGUGCCUGAUUAA